UUGUAACAUCGACUGAUCUGAAGCCUCAUGACCCCCUUAAAUGCACCUUUCGACUCCACAUGCUUUGUGUCAGAUCAUCUAAUUAAGUGCAAUUUGUAGUUUUUGUAAUGAAACUGUGAACAGUAGACAAGUGAGACGUUGGUUUUCCGUUUCACUCGUUGCAGUGUGGCUCACCGUGGAGGAGGAUCACUCCCAAACUUAUCGGUAGAAGACCGCGUGGAAAGUAUUGGCUUUAAAGGGACCCUGCAAACCACAUACUGAGCGCUAUCGAUAUGGAAAAGAGUAACACACUGGAUUCAGAUCGGGACAGGCAAUACUGUGAGCUUUGCGGGAAAAUGGAAAAUCUUUUGAAGUGCGGUCGCUGCCGAAACUCGUUUUACUGCAGCAAAGAGCAUCAGAGACAGCACUGGAAAGAGCAUAAACUGAUCUGUAAAGAGGCCGAGAAGACACAGGUAACAAACCAACCUGUCAAAACUCCACAGCAACCACAGGAUGACAAGGGGGGCUCUGAACCGCUGUCACAGAGGCAAGGCGAUGUCACGACGGAGGGGCGAACGAAAGAUUUAAUUAAUAGUGCGAAAGAAGGUGACAGCAAACAGCCAGGGGACAGUAUCAGUAACAACGCAAAACCAAAUGAAAUAAAUCAAAUGAAUUCCCAUCUGCCAAAACUUGCCACUGAAUAUAUUGUUCCAUGUAUGAACAGACAUGGCAUAUGUGUUGUCGAUAACUUUCUCGGUGAAGAAAUUGGACAGUGUAUACUGAAAGAUGUAACAGCCCUUCAUAAAACGGGAAAAUUUUCCGACGGUCAGCUGGUUAGUCAAAAAACGGAUUCUUCCAAAGACAUACGAGGGGACAAAAUAACGUGGAUUGAAGGGAAAGAACCUGGUUGUGAGAAGAUACGCUUUUUAAUGAGUCGCAUGGAUGACCUAGUCAGACACUGUAACGGUAAACUGGGAAACUUCGAAAUAUAUGGCAGGACCAAAGCCAUGGUGGCUUGUUACCCUGGAAACGGAACAGGAUAUGUGCGGCAUGUGGAUAACCCAAACGGAGAUGGGAGAUGUGUCACAUGUAUUUAUUACCUUAAUAAGAAUUGGGAUGCCAAGAAACAUGGGGGUCUUCUGCGGAUCUUUCCGGAAGGUAAAGCUCAAUUUGCGGACAUUGAGCCCAAGUUUGACCGCUUGCUCCUCUUCUGGUCCGAUAGACGGAACCCUCACGAAGUACAGCCUGCCUAUGCUACUAGGUAUGCCAUAACGGUGUGGUAUUUUGAUGCAGAUGAGCGAGCUCGAGCAAAAGAGAAAUACCUAACAGGGUCAGGUGAGAAGGGAGUGAAAGUGGAGCUGAACAAACCGUCCGAACCCAGCUAAUCUAAAGCUAACCUUGAUCAAAACAGAACCUUCAAGUGCUCUGCUCGUAAGACAAAAGGAAUCAUUGAAAAAGUGUCAGUAUGACAGAGUGGGAGAUUGGAUACUCAGAAAAGAAACCUACAGACUUCACCGAUUUAACUGAACUUUCUGUCAAACACGGCUGAACUUCGGACAUGGAAUAUGAAGUUAUUUUACUCACAAUGACUCUGCGUUUUUUUUUUUUUUGUUUUUUUUUUCCUUGUUGGUUUUAUGUAAAGUAAGCAUAAAUGUAAUCAGUCAAGGCAAAUGCUUCACAAUAUGGACAUUUGUCUCAUCUUCAUGUUCUGGUUUUUCAUUUACGUUGAAAGGCGUAAAACAAUACACACCUUGGUUCAUUCUACAAACAAAAGACAUAAGCUGUAUUGCUGUAAAGGCAUUCUGAGCUUGUGAGGAAAAACCUGACUAGGACCAAUUUCAUGCAUUGUGUCAGUUUUAAAGCUUUGCUGUGUUAUUUCAAGUCAAAGUGAUUGCUCUUCUACCACUAAGUGGUGUCAGACAGAUUCUUUGCACAUACAAACACGCAUUACGUAACGUACUUGUAAAUCUUGUAUGUCUAUCAGCCUGCAAUACUGAGGAUCGUGGGGAUGCCCUUGAACAUUAGGGUCUCUUGAUCUAUGCCUAUAUGUGUCACUGUUUUGUUAGUGCAUUACUUUGUGAACAAAAAAUCACAUUUAACUGGGGCUGCCACACUAGUCACUAGUGUCUUAAUCAAAAAUGUAUUAUGCUCAUUGUGCCAUCUAGUGGUCACUAAAUAUCGAUUGCAUUUCCUUUGCAUUUUCUUGAUAUUUGGGGCAUUUUUCUCUGUUUUUUUCCCUCUCCUUCAUUUUAUCCUGACUCAGAAUCAUUCCUGUUCACAACCCAAAACAUAUUCAGUCACUGUAAGUUGGAUGAAUAAUGUGGACAGAUCAGUAAUUUUGAGACUCAGAACACAGCUUCUUGAGUUAAUUUUACAGGUCACAUUGGAGCUGUCCUGUUUAAAUGAAUAGUGGUACCGUGGUUAUCUCAGCCUUUUAGGACGUUGUUCCAGGUAUUGGUCCUUUGUGUUACAGGGUAUAGAUAGGCUCUGUGUUUAAGCCUACAAAGAGGUAAUCAGUCUACGCUGAGCUGCUUUUGACCUCUUAACUCAGGACAGCCCACAUUACUCAGAUAGGACAUUUGGAGUGCACUGUGCCAUAGCCUAGACAUACUGUAAAGGGCUUUGAUAUUUUGUAUGUUUAGACAGCAGUUUCUCCUACAGAGUACCUAUCGACUUAAGUGUUCCUUAGAUAUUCUUUGGACUGCCCCCUUGUGCACUGGAGGUAACAGUACUUAAAAGACAAGUAGUGUCAAGACUGAGAAAGACAUAUUGAAGGGCAUAAGGGAAAUUGUCCAAAUGGUCCAAUGCAGGGUGAUUAGAACACUCCACACUGUGAGGGAUUAGGUAAUGGAGCGAACCUUUUGCUUUAUGGCGUUUCAAGGCUAUAGAUGAGCAACAUUGGAGCACUAAUUUAUCUGUAGUGAAUUACUUCACUGUAUAUAACAACUAAUAAUGUUUGUGUAUAUUGAAUCUGACUGAAACAUUUUGAAAAGUAAAGAGACUUUAGCACAUCUUUGUAUAGACACUGAAUGUCCUGUACUAUCCCUCAUGAUAACAGUGCUUCAUAACAUUGUUGUUAAGUAGGUGUGACAUCCCUUACAAUGUACUACCACCAAGACAGGCUGAUUUUUAUUCAUUUUUAAUAUUUAAAAAAAAAAAAAAAGCCUGAUGCAUGCCUAACCAUUUAUUACAUCAUAGGAAGGCAUUAUGAUAUCAUACAUAGUUACAACAACUAAUAUUAUUUUAUAGACAAUGAUUUAAAGUGCUACAGAAUUAUGACAUCUGUUCUAAGACUUCAGUACUAUGGCAACAUGCAAAGGGUUUUUGAAUUUUGUGAAUUCUCCCAUUCAGUCAAGAGUAUAGUGUGUAUACACUGUAAGUACCAGAGUUUGUUGUAAUUAAUUUAUCUCCAGUUGUGUGAAUCAGGGAAUGGUAUGCUUGACUAGGCUGAAAUUUGUAUACAGUACAAUAUAAAUAGCAGAACUCCUAUUUACCCUCACCUUGAUUGAUUGUCUUAGAUGUUCAUUCAGAAGUAAAAACAUCAAUGCUAGGUGCUCAGGUAAACAGCAUGUUAAAUAUUCACCAAUGAAAAGCAGCACUUUGAUUCGCUCAUCACUAGAUCCAAGUUGAUUUGUUCAGACUCCCUUAUUUAAGAUUGCGUCUGGCUGCUCACAUCAUCUUUAUCUCCUUAGCAGACUAGCAAUCAUGCAAACCUAUUGCUUAAUGCAGUGACUCUUUAGAGUGAGAAAUGGUUAAGACAUGAUGUUUGUACAGAACAUAAACUGAUACACCCAAAUGCAGUAUUACAUUUGGUCAAAUAAACUCAACAUUGUGAUGUAAAGAUGUCUUGUACGUAGUGUGUAAUAACUUCUAAAGUUC